AUGCUCUCACGUGUUGCUGCAGAUAAGGCACCCAACAAACACAACCGUCGCCGCGUGACCGGAUCCAGCGGAAGGAGGAGGAAAGGAAGAGAGAGUGAGCAGCAGAGACCCAACAUGUCCCGGCAUGUGUUUACUUCCGCUGUGCUGCUUCUCGUCGUGAUGAUGUGCUGCGGCACCUGUGGAGCUGCGGCCGCUGGAGGGAAUAAUGGGAAGAGUGGUUUAAUAAAUAUUCAUAAGCUGCGGGAAGUCGGUCUAUUUGUGCCGCAGACGACGCUGGUGCUGCCGAAAGAGGGGACUGCUGCAGGUACGCCGAGGGAUUCAUUUGUUACACCCUCUCUCGUCAGUGCUGGUGGAGUAAUUGCUGCUUUCGCCGAAGGCCACACAAACGCCAAAGGUCACACGAACGCCCAAAAAGACGGUGCUCAAUCAAUUACGCACCUUUACUCUGAUGUUGUUGCGGGGUACAUUGACUCUGCGUGGAACUGGACCACUCUUGUUGACAAGGUCAAUCAAAGCACAUGGAGGGCACACACCGUGCUUACUACAGCGGAUGGACAGAAACGUUUGGAUGUUAUGCAUCAUCCCACAACAAUCGCGAAGGGCGACAAGGUGUUUCUUCUUGCGGAAGGCUUUGGUUUGUCCUCUGUCAAUGAUAAUUUGAUUUGGGACAGAUUGGACCUUAAACUGGUUGUGGCUACUGUCACGAAUUCUACGGGCGGCGAGCCGAGUAAACGGAUCAGCUGGGACAACCCCAAAUCGCUGUUAAGCGUGAACAUUUCCGCUACUUCUCACGAAAGUAAAUUUGAGAGAGUUUUUCCUUCUGGUGGCUCAGGUGUUCUGAUGGACAAUGGCGCGCUCGUGUUUCCCGUGAUUGCGUUUGCUGAUAAUAAGGGUCACUCCAUGAUCAUUUAUUCGACGGACGACGGCGCAAACUGGAUGCUUUCGAAUGGAACGUCACCUGCGAAAUGCUCUAACCCUCGCGUCACCGAAUGGGAGGGAUCACUUCUCAUGAUUGUUGAUUGCGAGGACGGCCAGAGGGUGUACGAGUCGCGUGACAUGGGGACAACGUGGACGGGGACCAUCGGGACACUCCCAGGCGUGUGGACCAAGUCAAAAUUGACAGUCAUUUUGGAUCUGAGCUUUCAUGUGGAAGCCCUCAUCACCGCGACCAUUGAGGGCAGGAAGGUCAUGCUGUACACUCAGCGAGGGUACUUCUCGGAGAAGCAAACGGAAAGAGCGCUCUAUCUUUGGGUCACGGACAACAUCCGCUCGUUUUGUGUUGGGCCGGUUGCCAUGAGGGAUGGUAUAAAAUGGUUUUUCACCAGCAAACUGUUGUACUCGGAUGGCAAUUUGCAUCUUUUACAACAGAGGGAAAAAGAUAAAGGCAGUGCCUUGUCGCUUUCUCGACUGACGGAGGAAAUGAGUACAAUCAAGUCCGUCCUCAUUACUUGGGCGCAAAAGGACGCCUUCUUCUCCAAAUUGACCAUACCCACGGCGGGUCUGGUGGCAGUUUUGUCCGGUGCGGCCAGUGGUGACACGUGGAACGACGAGUACCUUUGCCUGAAUGCGACGGUGACGCCUAAUGCAAAGAAGGUCAGAUAUGGAUUUCAAUUGACGGAGCCUAGCUCCAGGGUAUCAUGGUCCGUGAACACUCGGGCCAAUAAUGUGCGUCAUGUAUCCUUGAGCCACAACUUCACACUUGUGGCGUCGGUGACCAUCGAAGAGACUCCGAGUGGGAACACUCCUCUACUGACUGCGACGUUGGCGGACACUAAUUCCAAUCAUACCAUGGGACUGUCGUAUACGGCGGAUAACAAGUGGGGGAUGAUGUUCGAAGGCAAGACAACAAAACAGAGCGGCAGUUGGGAGCCGAAGAAGGGAUACCAAGUGGCACUCAUGCUGCAAGGCAAAAAGGCCUCUGUGUACAUUAAUGGUAAUUCGCUGGGGGAGGAAGAAGUGCCGUUAAAAGGUGAGGCGCCACUUGAGCUUGUACGCUUUUGCUUUGGCGCGUGCGGUGAGGAUGCCGGCCAGAAAACUAAGGUGACGGUGACGAACGUGUUUCUGUACAACCGCCCACUGAAUUCCACUGAAAUAAAUGCACUCAAGGACAAGGCCCACACUUUGAAUGGCCCAGGGGAGGCACUGGCGGGGUGGGCAGCUCUGGAGGGAGCUGCCGCCAGAGAACAUGCGGCUGUGGUGGGCUUGACGUCUGCUGGGAGCGGACUGCUGCCGCUGCUUCUUCUGCUGGGACUGUGGGGCUUUGCGGCUGCGUGA